AUGCCCCGCAACCACAGUGGCGAUGAAGCUAGUUCUGGGCUCUGGUUGAAAACCUCUCCAGGGCGUCGGGCUCAGAACUAUAGGUUGAAAGAUGUGGAGUCUGGACGGAGGAUGAACAACGCUGUUCGAGUCGGAGACGGGAUGCUUUCACCAGGCGCGGCAGGUGCAGGGGGCGCGGAGAGGCGAAAGGGCGCCCGGUUGAGUUUGCUCGGGAAACCGCUCAUCUACAGCGCGCAGAGCGGGCGCAGAAACGCGCACUACCGUCGUCUCCAGAAUUACCUCUAUAAUGUACUGGAGAGACCCAGGGCAUGGGCGUUCAUCUACCACGCCUUCGUGUUCAUCUUGGUGUUUGGCUGUCUGGUCCUGUCAGUGUUCUCCACAAUCCCUGCCCAUCAGGACCUGUCCAACCACUUUCUGCUCAUCCUGGAGUUUGUGAUGAUCGUGGUGUUUGGGCUGGAGUACAUCAUCAGGAUAUGGAGCGCAGGCUGCUGCAGUCGCUACAGAGGCUGGCAGGGACGCCUCCGCUUUGCCAGGAAACCCUUCUGUGUUAUAGACAUCAUUGUACUCAUAGCUUCCAUUGCUGUGGUGUCAGCGGGUAGCCAAGGUAACAUCUUUGCCACCUCAGCAUUGAGGAGCCUUCGCUUCCUGCAGAUCCUGCGAAUGGUGCGCAUGGACCGCAGAGGGGGCACCUGGAAACUACUGGGAUCUGUUGUCUACGCGCACAGUAAGGAGUUGGUAACAGCUUGGUACAUUGGGUUCCUGGUGCUUAUCUUCUCUUCGUUCCUGGUCUAUCUUGUGGAGAAGGAGUUCAACAAAGACUUUGCCACCUAUGCUGAUGCUCUGUGGUGGGGCACAAUCACUCUGACAACCAUCGGCUACGGAGACAAGACUCCUCAGACGUGGACGGGUCGUCUGAUCUCAGCUGGCUUUGCUCUGAUGGGGAUCUCCUUCUUCGCCCUGCCUGCCGGUAUCCUGGGCUCAGGCUUUGCCCUGAAGGUACAGGAGCAGCACAGACAAAAACACUUUGAGAAGAGGAGGAACCCAGCAGCCAGCCUCAUCCAGUGUGUCUGGCGUAGUUAUGCUGCUGAUGAGAACUCGGUUUCCAUAGCUACAUGGAAGCCUCAUUUGAAGGCGUUGCAUACCUGCAGUCCUGCAAAGAAAGAACAGGGUGAGACGAUUAGCAGUAAGGGUCAUAGUAAUAGGAGGCGCUUCAGAAGGUAUUACGCAUGGAAAUUUAGGAAUACUAAGUUGAGCUUUAAGGAGCGGGUACGUAUGGCAAGCCCUCGCGGCCAGAGCAUGAAGAGCCGCCAGACGUCCAUCAACAAUGAUCGGCGCUGUUCCCCGGGCAACAAUGUGGCGGGCGCUGAGACGCGCAGCAGCCCUGCCAAGGUGCAGAAGAGCUGGAGCUUCAAUGACCGCACCCGCUUUAGACCCUCCUUACGCCUUAAGAGCCAAUCACGCACCGCGCCCUCCGAAGUGGACACAGGAAUGGGGAAUGAUGACACGUUCGACGACAGGGGAUGCCACUGUGAUGUCACCAUGGAGGACAUAUCAGCUCCACUGAAGGCUGUCAUCAGAGCCGUCAGGAUCAUGAAGUUUCAUGUAGCAAAGAAGAAGUUUAAGGAGACUCUGCGUCCAUACGAUGUGAAGGAUGUGAUAGAGCAGUACUCUGCAGGACACCUGGAUAUGCUCUGCAGAAUCAAGAGUCUACAGACUAGGGUGGAUCAGAUACUGGGUAAGGGCCAGAUCUCCAUGGACAAAAGGAUCAGGGACAAGCUUCACCCUGAUGGGGACACACUGGAGGACAUGAGUAUGCUGGGACGUGUGUGUAAAGUGCAGAGACAGGUGACGUCCAUAGAGUCAAAGCUGGACUCUCUGCUAGAUGUGUACAGGCAGGGCUCGUCUGCCCUCACCCUCUCCUCCCUGCCCCUUUUCGAGUUGGAGCACCAGACAUCCGACUACCAGAGCUCCAUCCUCAGCAAGGACCUGUCCUCUGGCUCCCCCCUGGGAGGGGAGUGUGUAAGAGGGCAUCCAGGUGAGGGGGGUGGGGGUAUGUCCCGGUCAACAACAGGUGACCAUCUCUCCAGGGGCCUCCAGCUCAUACUGGCCCCCAGCGAGCUCACCCUCAACACCUGCCCCCCCUCCUACCCUGCCUACACCGCAUCCCUCACACCCUUGCCCUUCCUGCCCCCUGAUAGCACCUACCCGCUCCUCGCCACCCCCAGUAGUUUCCCCAGGCGAGCUCAUUUCCCUAACCUCCUGCCCCCUCCACCAUCCGCUGGUGCCGCCACCCUCCAGCUGCCCACCACUGGCCCCCAGCACAGGCGACCCCUCUGCCCCACCCCGGAUGCUCCUCGAAGGGGUAGGCUGGAGGAGAGCUCAGGCCCCUCUGUGAUGGUGGGCUCCAGGGUGGACGAUGGAGAGGAGGACAGAGAGAGGGAACAUGCCCAGAGCAGGGUGCAGCUGAGGGGGAAGCCCCACUUGAGGGAAGAGGGCCCCUGGAGGAGGCACUUGAGCCUGGAGGUGGACCCCUUGCUGCUGUUCUCCUCUGGAUGUGAGGGGGUACCCUCUGAGCGGGGACAGGGACAGGGGCUGGGGAAGUCCUGGUCAGCACACAACCUUACCCAGCCAUCUGCAGACAACCCCCCCAACCUGUCCUCCCCCCUCGGCAACCGUAGCAGUUCCAGUGAUGGCUCCCAUGGCAACCCCGACGUUAGCAACUGGCGUGAGAAAGACCUUUUCAUCACUGUCUGUGACCUGGAGCCGCAGAUGGACCAGUUUGAUUUCCUGUCCCAGGAGAGUGGCUUCCUGUCCCAUCCCACAGCAGACGGUACUGGCUGCUUGGACCUCUUGCUGACUGAAGAUGGGGGGUCCUCAAGCAGUUUGAUCAGACCCCACAUCCCCACAAUGGACAGUGCAGAGUCCCUCAACCAGCCUCCCCAUGUACGACUAAAAUAACUAUUCCAUAGGAGUGAAUAAAAUAACCCCUUCCCCCCAACACACACAUUACUAAUACGACCAUCCAGCAUAGAGGAUUCACUGGACAAAAAAAAAAAAGAUUUGAAACUGUUGAUUAUAACUCUGUUUUUAAGAUGUUUGAGAUGUCAACAAAAGAUGUCUUCUCGUGCAUAUCAUUGCAUGGACUAUUUCCUAAAACAGCAACAAGCUGAGAAACUAACAGGGGAAGGGGAGAUCGAACAAAAGAGAGGUUGGUCAGAUAGUGGUACUGUUUGAUCUCUCGACUAUGCAUGACCACCGCAUGUCUAAACCGCACUUUAGGGUCGAGAGCAUUCAAGCCCCCGAGCCUCUUCGAUAGCCUUGGAACCACAGAUAUGAUGGCUGAGUCCAACUUCAUAAGCCCACAUCUCACCUGUUUACCUGCAUGUUCCAUUCAUGUAUCUUCCAAACCCUUGAGAGGCAAUUUGGAGCAGUCAGCUAUUAUUACCCAAGUAUACCUAACACGCUCACCAUUUAGUAAUAGAUAAUACAAUAAUUAAUUUGAUAUUAACAUAAGAAGAUAACCCUAAUGAAGUAUAUUUGUCAAUUAUUUUCCUAAUAAAUUGUACAAUCUUGUGAGGCCAUUUGAUUUUCAACAAAUCCAAUUUGCUGAUUGCGUGCUCCAGUAGGAUUCAUUGUUUUUGACUUUUAAAGGCAUUUAGUGAAAGACAAACAGCAGCCAAAUAAGAUCAGUUAUGACUGUGAUACAGUAGAUAGUGAAACAAGGCUGUGGUACACUGCAGUUGUAGGUCACAAUAAACACUACAGAAUGCAGGGUUUCUUGUCUUACAGCUCAUGUGUACCACUCCCUUGUGGUACACAGGCAGCAGCACUGUUUGACUGCCACUCAGCCUGAACACAGAUGCCUGCUCUUGAAUGAGAAUAUGCACAAAAUUGUGUCAGCCAUUUUGAUUUCCUCUUUUUUGCACCUUUUUGUUCUUGAAGAAGAGACAGACACAACAGUCUUAAAUGUCUUCUGUGGAGUUAACGAUGACAGCUUCCAUUCAACACAUUUGUUUUUAUGGUGCAUAAGUGCACUUGGCUUAGCUGAUUAACAAUUACACUGUAGAAUGCAAUAUGUACAGAUAACUGCCAAAAUAAAGAAAACACUUGAGUAAAUUAGGGAUUCAACGUAUAUUGAA